AUGGUUGUUAAGAGCAAACUCCUCACUGCUCUUGACAGGCACAAGGGACGAGACUAUGAUGCAGAGAAGAGACAGAAACAAGUGAAGGCGGCGGAGAAGAGGAAGAAGCAAAAGGCGAAAAGCACAAAACCAGAGGCAGAAUCAGACGACGAAGAUGACGCACAGAUAUCUACCGUCGGCAACGGAGAGUCAGAGCAACCUCAAACAGAAGAUUUCGCCUCGUUCUCAGAAGACGAGGACGAGCAAGAAGACAACGUCAAUGGCACGUCUACGAUCCCUCAACCACCACAACCAGUCGACGCAUCAGCUUCCGAAGCAGAGAACGAGUCCGAUGUACCGCUUUCCGACCUCGAAGAUGAAGACCUCGAGGAUACAAUCCCGCACCAACGCCUGACAAUCAACAACGGUCCAGCGCUGAUCGCAUCACGCAACCGCGUAGCCGUGAUCAAGAAUCACAAAAUGCCCUUCCACUACCACAACUCGCUAGUUUCGUCACUCCCUCCACUCUCCACCGCCGUCCCAGACCCGAACGACGAUUUGACCCGAGAACUCGAAUUCUACCGGAUCGCGCGCGACGCCGCCGUCGAGGCCAGGACGCUUCUGAAGAAGGACGGAAUUCCCUUCUUCAGACCAAGCGACUACUUCGCGGAGAUGGUCAAGAGUGACGAACACAUGGGCAAAGUCAAGAAGAAGAUGUACGACGAGGCUGCCUCCAAGAAGGCAUCCGAGGAAGCCCGAAAGUUGCGCGAUGCGAAGAAAUUCGGCAAGGCAGUACAAGUUGCGAAAGAGCAAGAACGAGCCAAGGAGAAGAGGACUACCCUCGACAAGAUUAAGGACUUGAAAAGAAAACGCAAGGGCCAGGAUACAGGCAAAGUCAGAGAAGAUGACGACGAGUUGUUCCAAAGUGUCGACAUCGAGAAAGGUCCUGCAAAAGAUCGGUCGGGUCGCGAGCGAGGCAGCGGACCUAAUAAGAGACAGAAGAAAGAUUCAAAGUACGGCUUCGGAGGGAAGAAGCGGUUCUCCAAGAGCGGCGACGCCAUGAGCAGCGGCGAUAUGCGUGAGUUCUCGGCCUCCAGGAUGAAGGGCAAGCCGAAAAGACCGGGCAAGAACAGGAGAGCAGCGGGGCGAUGA